AUGAAUGCCGCAUUACCUUGCAGAAAAGCACCUGUUUCGCCAUUGUCCCGCUACCGACUUCUUUCUCCCACUGCCUCUGUCCGCGUCAGUCCGUUAUGUCUCGGUUCCAUGAACUUUGGCGAUGCCUGGGCCGAGUGGAUGGGAAAGUGCACCCGACAAGACACGGAACGGAUUCUUGACUAUUUCUACGAGCAAGUGAGAAACUUCAUCGACACUGCCAACAGCUACCAAUUUGAGCAGUCAGAGAUAUGGAUUGGUGAAUGGAUGAGGAAGCGUGGAAAUCGCGAUGAGAUGGUCGUUGCUACCAAAUACACCACAAACUUCCGAGAUGGACCUGACCAACCGCGCAUCAUGGCCAAUUUCACCGGAAACGGCACCAAGAGUCUGCGGGUGUCCCUGGACGCCAGCUUGAGAAAGCUACAGACCGACUAUGUCGAUAUUCUGUAUGUCCAUUGGUGGGAUUACAGUGCGUCCAUACCGGAAAUCAUGCAAUCCUUGAACCAGCUUGUUGCAAGCGGCAAAGUGCUGUUCCUAGGCAUCAGCGAUGCCCCUGCCUGGGUUGUCAGCAAGGCGAAUGAAUACGCGCGCAAUCACGGCCUUCGCCAGUUUUGCAUUUACCAAGGCCGAUGGUCUGCUGCCUGUCGUGACCUGGAAAGGGAUGUUAUCCCUAUGUGCAAGGCUGAGGGCAUGGCCAUUGCCCCCUGGGGCUCCCUAGGUGGUGGUAGAUUCAAGUCGGACGAAGCACGAGGGUCCAACGACGGCCGUCAGCUGGAGGCUACCGAAGAUGACAUCAAAAUAAGCAAAACGCUGCAGAUGAUAGCAAACCGCAAGGACACAGUCAUUACUAGUAUUGCCCUGGCUUAUGUUAUGCACAAAUCUCCAUACGUCUUUCCGGUAAUAGGAGGCCGCAAGGUUGAGCAUCUCCGGGCCAAUAUCGAGGCACUGACGAUUGAGCUCACCGAGGAAGAUGUCGCGGAAAUAGACGGUGCCCUGCCGUUCGACUUGGGAUUCCCCCAUAACUUCUUAUGGGGCAGACAAGUUCCAAAGUCACCACAAGACAUCUGGCUACUGUCCACGGCCGGAAACUUUGACUAUGUCGAGAACCCCCGGCCUAUCAAUGUCCGGGUAAAUGGAGAGAAGAACCCUUCAACAAAGUCUUUCAGCUGGCGCUGGUUGCCAUACCGGGCGGAGAAGCCUAGAUCAGAAGGAAAGUGGUUACCGCAGCCGGGUUAUCCCUGGUCUUGA